UUAGCUUAUUUUUUAAUUAAUUUGCCAUACUGCCGUCCCCAUAGCACGUCUCAGCCGGCUUCCGCUUCCUCCUUCCUGCGCAGGAUGCUCCUGUCUCCAGCAAGGCAUCCGUGCAUGCAAGUAGCCGGACACAGCUUUGACCAUUCAUCGUCACAAACCUAAGAUGAAGGCGAUACGUUUUCUUCUGAAUCAGUGUAGGAGAUGAACUCUAAGGACUAUCAAGUGACGACUUCAUCUGUUGAGGCUGGGGUGGUAUAACUUACACAACACAAUGGAGAAAAUGACACGGGUGACCACAGCCCUGAGCAACAACACUAUCACAGGCCGUACCAUGUUCUGCCACCUGGAUGCGCCAGCGAACGCCAUCAGCGUGUGCCGGGAUGCAGCUCAAGUGGUGGUGGCGGGCCGCAACAUCUUUAAGAUCUACACCCUGGAGGAGGAGCAGUUUGUGGAGAAGCUGAACUUGCGCGUGGGACGCCGGCCGUCACUGAACUUCAGCUGUGCUGACGUCAUGUGGCACCAGAUGGACGAGAACCUGCUGGCCACGGCCGCCACCAACGGCGCUGUGGUCACCUGGAACCUGGGCAAGCCGUCGCGGAACAAGCAGGACCAGCUCUUCACUGAGCACAGGCGCACAGUCAAUAAAGUGUGUUUCCACCCCACGGAGGUCUACAUGCUGCUCAGCGGUUCCCAGGACGGCUAUAUGAAGUGUUUUGAUCUCCGCAAGAAGGAAUCUGUCAGCACUUUCUCAGGGCAGUCGGAAAGCGUGCGAGACGUGCAGUUCAGCAUGCGGGAUUAUUUCACGUUCGCCGCGUCAUUUGAGAACGGCAAUGUUCAGCUGUGGGACAUCAGGCGCCCAGACCGGUACGAGAGGAUGUUCACCGCCCAUACCGGACCCGUCUUCUGCUGCGAUUGGCACCCAGAGGACAGGGGUUGGCUGGCCACGGGAGGACGUGACAAGAUGGUCAAAGUGUGGGACAUGACCACCAACCGGGCAAAAGAGAUAUACUGUGUGCAGACCAUCGCUUCGGUGGCCCGAGUCAAAUGGCGACCGGAGAAGAAGUGGCAUCUGGCCACGUGUUCCAUGAUGGUGGACCACAACAUCUACGUGUGGGACGUGCGUCGGCCCUACAUCCCCUUUGCCACCUUCGAGGAGCACAAGGACGUCACCACCGGCAUCGUGUGGCGCCACCUCCACGACCCCAACUUCCUGCUAUCAGGUUCCAAGGACAGCACCCUCUACCAGCACAUGUUCAAGGACGCCAGUCGUCCCGAGGACAAGGCCAACCCGGAGGGCCUCUGUUUCGGCCUCUUUGGCGACCUCGCCUUCGCCGCCAAGGAGAGUCUCAUCAGCGGCGACUCCAACCGCAAGCCCUACGCCGGCGGCGACCGCCGGCACCCUAUCUUCUUCUUCAAGAAGCCCGACCUCACCGAGCAGUUCGCUCACGUCUCCAGCGCCCUCAGUGUCUUCGAGACGGACCUGGAGAGCCACCGCAUGGACUGGUUCGUCAAGACGGCCCGGCUGUACCUGCUCAGCGGGAAGCCUUUUACCGAGCUUUGCGAGCACAACGCCAAGGUGGCCAAGGAGCUCAACCGGCCGCAGGUUUCAACGACAUGGACGAUGUUAAGGAUUAUGUUUUCAGACCCGGGUAACCUCAACACGGCAGCACCAAACCACAAUAUCAGUAAACUGGGUGCCCUGCCCUUAAUGAACAGCUUCAACAUGAAAGAAAUACCAGCAGGGCUGGGAAAUGAGACCCGUCUAGACCGCAGCAAGGGAGAGAUCAGGCAGGACAACAUCCACAUGGAUCCUGGAAUCCCUCUCAUCAGCAACAAUGACGAAAAUGAGGAGACGGAAGGGAGUGAGGGACAGGCAGACAUGUUUGGUGAUGCGGAGCUGGAUGAUGACGACCUCUAUUCCAUGGAGCACGACAACCAAGCCGGUGAGGAACCGGAAUACAUCCUCCCCCAGGAGGCCUUCCCUCUGCGGCACGAGAUCAUGGACAACCCUUCAGCGCCGGAGCACCUCCAGGACAAGGCCGACUCGCCGCACGUCAGCGGAAACGAGGCCGAGAGCGUCUGCCUGACGCCCAUCGAGUCCUUCUCGCUCAUCUCUGUGUCGCAGCCGCUGUUCAGCCUUCACCUGCCGCCCUCCUUCUUCAGCCCCGUGGUGCGCGAGAUGCUGCUCUACUACGCCGAGCAGGGUGACGUGCAGAUGGCCGUAUCUGUGCUCAUCGUGCUGGGCGACCGCAUCCGACGCGAGAUCGACGACUUGACGCAGGAGCACUGGUACAUGUCCUACAUCGACCUGCUGCAGCGCUUCGAGCUGUGGAACGUCUCCAACGAGGUCAUCAAGCUGAGCACAUGCAGUGCCAUCAACUGCCUGAACCAGGCUUCCACCACACUGCACAUUAACUGCAGCAACUGCAAGAGACCCAUGAGUAACAAGGGCUGGAUCUGCGACAGGUGCCACCAGUGUGCCAGCAUUUGCGCGGUUUGCCACCACGUGGUGAAGGGCCUGUUCGUGUGGUGCCAGGGCUGCAGCCACGGCGGGCACCUGGAGCACAUCAUGAACUGGCUGAAGAGCAGCUCGCACUGCCCAGCCGGCUGUGGGCACCAGUGCGAGUACACCUGAGCUCCGUAGCCGAGUGUGCCGGCCCCGGCUGGCGUCUUUGCCGUCAAGGUGCUGCUGGAACGACCUAGGUUGUCUGGGAAGUGCAGUGGAAGCCCGCUGUCUCAGGGCAGGUGACGUCUUGAGUGUGUCCCCCCCCACAGACUCCCAAACUGCUAAGGUUAGCUGGCUGCACUAACCUGUUGAGAUACAGAACCUGAUGUUCUAGCACUGCUAAGGAGUUGAGUUCCAAUGGAACGACAGUGAGUCUGUGUUACUUGGUGCUAUUUUCAUCUGAGGCCACUUGCAGUCAAAGCAGGACCGGGUCCUUCCUUGCGGUAGAGUAUUCACCGCAACUCUGGGCUGGAUUUGGGUGGGGGGCGGUUGGUGGAGAUAAAGGAAUGGAAGGACCCUACAAUAAAGAUCUGUGACCUGUGUUUGGCCAUAUUUAUGCUGCUUUGUGUUGAUUCAUUCAAUCAAGGUACAUUAUCUGUAAAUGAAUUGCAAGGGAAUAGACAUUAAAGUUUGAGCAAAUUUUAGAAAACAUGCAACGUGAAGGAUUUUUUUUCAGAACCCAACAUAAAGUCCCAGUACUGUUAAUUGAGGGUCCCUGUGUGGCCUGGACCUUUAUCUACAUUGGUCAGAACAACAGAGUAACACACACUUUCCCUGUGCUACCCCCCCAAUAACAGAGUAUGGAUUUUAAUGUGUUACUAUAGAAUUACUUUCUAGUUCCUUCUGGUAUGUUGUAGAGCUGCAGUAGGAUGUAGAUAAUUCCUUUUUUUAAAUUUGAACAUUGCUGCUGGUCUGGCUUUGUCUGUAAACUGUUCAUCGUUUGUUUGAGUUCAUGAGAGCAUUUUAAUGGCUGUUUUUGAAGUAUGAUGGUCUCCAAUGUAAACCACAGGUUUUUAUAUAUAUAUAUUAAUAAAAUGUACAGUACACUGAA